CUUUUUUCUUACCUUUAUUUAUUUAUUUUCCUUUUCCAAACAUACCUUUUUGUUAUAAAAAGAGUAAGUUUUUCCUUUUAUUUCUUUCUUCUUUUCUUCUCUUUACUGCGUAAUAAACUAUUUAAAUGCUGACUGCUGUGCAACAAAAUUUGCCGCCAACAACAGGACUUGUGCCUGAAUCAAAUAACAACAUUGGAGUUUUAACUAGAAAGAAAGCUAUCGAAAAUUUCCGCUCACUACAUGAAGAAGCCAAUAUCGAUCAUGACUAUGCCAGCCAUCUACUCCCCAACAGUUUUGAAAUAGCUAAUCGUGCAUUCUAUGCCACUAUUCGCAAAUUCACCAAACAAAACUGUCCUGACCCGUCUGUCAAGAGGAGGUCUUCUUAUUCAUUCAUAGAAAACUUGUUUCUUCAUAAGAUUUACAGUAAAUCACAGCAAACAUUGUUGGGCAUUGUGCCUGUAAAGCCAUCUGUCAUUUUGUCAGGUGAUGACUUUAUGUUUACGCCUCCUUUUAUUCAACCGCCACCGCAGCCAUUUGAAGACCUUGAGGAUGAAGACUACUAUUUUGAUGAAGAAGAAGUAGAGGCUACAGAAUGUUGGAAUACCAAUGGAUACCUCUAUAAUCUCAGUCCAUGUCCUGAAUCUAAACAGGCUGGUGACAAUGACUCGCUGUUCUAUCGUAUUCAAGAAGAAGAUGAAGAUCUAGAAAAUAACAAGCUAAGAAUACAAUCCAAUGCAUUCUUAAAGACACCGUCUUUGUUUGACACGUCUCCUUACCUUUACCAAGAAGAUACACAAGAAUACAUGUAUGCAUUUGUCGAGAAUUCACAUUUGCAGCAAGAACCUGCUUACCCAGAGAAUUUUGAUACACAACAAGACGAUGAUACUUUGUCAGAUUCGGAUGGCUUGAUUACACCCGAAGGUGAAGAACCAGAGCUGUCUUCUACUGCUACUACUGCUGCCUCUUCCUAUGAUGAUGAUAAUGAUGAUAAUGAUGAUGAUAAUGAUAAUGACGAUGAUGAUAAUGACAGUUAUCAUGAAGAAAUGUCAGUUUCCUAUCACAGCACAACAAACAGCGUCAUGAUUCCAAUUACCACCAACAAGACAAAUGAAGACGAUGUUGCACAAAUCACUCAAGUUAGCCCCGUGACGCGAUCCAGCACCUUUUUGAGCCAAAGGUCAUCUUUAGACGAUGAUUCCUCGGUCAUUUCAUACCAGUCAUUGGCAGACAUUAUAAAUAGUCAACAACAACACCAGCAACAGAAACCAUCACUUUCAUACAUUUCAUCUAAAAUCUAUCACUAUGGUUCCACCAAAAAGCAAGAAAUUAGUACUAAAAUGAAAUCCUUUGUAAAUAAUAUAUCUUAUCACGCAAACAAUGAUGACGACGAAGAAAUGGGACUGCAAUCUCAGCAAGAGUGUGAUGCGACGAUAUCAUUUUGGACUCGCCUAAUUAUUUUUGUUAUGUCUAUUUGGCAGCUUUUUGUUCAUGGCGUCAAACAAUGUAUGCCAACCACUUCAACCUUAGAUGAAAGAGAAACUCUUUUGUAAUUUUAUACUCUUUUAUCGCCUUGUACAUUAAUUCUAUAUACAUAUACUUUUAUACAUACGGCCCCCCUUUUCUCUUGAAUAAAAAAACAGUUUAUUGAA